GGUACAGUACAACCUACAACACACACUGCUAACUCCAGGAAACUGCAGCCAAGAUGGCGCAGGCGUCAGGGGCGUGUUGUGAGGCGAAGUGGGUGCGGGAGCAUCUUUCUGGGAGUUUGGAGGGGAACUUUCACGUCACAGUGCGCAGGCGAUCAGAUGGCCGCAUGCCUGUGGUGUUGUGCAAAGACUGCAAGCUGUACCACUGUCCGUUCUGCCAGCCGUCUGUCUACAAGCCAAAAGGAGACUAUGCAAGGGUUUGGACACAUGUAGAAAUCCACCGAAUGAGGGCCUUGCAACAUGGAGAGUUUAAUAUUCAUGUGUGCCAACUGCAGUGCAGAGGAGAAAGACAUUAUCACUGUCCAUACUGUUCAAAGACAAUUAUAACCCGGAAACAGUUUGAAAGUCAUAUGGAAAAAUGUUUGGAGAUGCAAAGAUCAGCAACAACAGCAGCAGCCACAGGUGUCCAGUCUGCUGCUCCACCUUGCACUCCAGUUCAGCUAGCUACCACAGUUGGGCAGGGUACCUUCCUCCUGCUCAAUGUCACUGCCCCUUUUCAGCAAACUAUCAUGAUGGGACAGUCCCCUGCUCCAUCUGAGCCCCCUGCUCAGUUGAAAUCCAUAGCAGUCCCUCUUGUUGAAAAAUGCGCAUCAAACCAGUGUCUUGCUGCACCUGACUGCCUCAUUGAACCCACAAUUACAGAAGGCCAUCCUGCAGCUCCACCUGACCUGUCUGUCUCAUUGGACCACCCCUCUACUUUAACAGACAACCCUGUUAAGGAAACACGAAAAAUAUUCGGAACAGUGGUGAGGAAAAUAAAAUGUCCAAUGUGUAGCCUAUACUUAAAUAAAAAAAAUCUAAGAAAACAUAAACUCAGAAAACAUUUCUGUCAGUCAAUUUCUGAGAAGGACAUAACAGCCAAGGACCAUCUUAGGAGUCAAUGCAUUGACUCUUAUAAUGGCGUAUACGCUGUAGCAAAGUCUUACAAGGCCACUGCUGUACCAGUUCAUGUCAUCAAAAAGAGAUCAGACAGCGCACACAAAAUGGUGUGUGGAGAAGAGCGGUGUGAGGCUGUUUUAGAUUUUCGAAGGAAGAGUGGCUUGCCUUCUAGACAGUGUCCUCAUCUACAGUCUGUUGAUUUUUGUUUCACUCGAGCAAGAAGAGAAGACUUGAAACCUUGUGUGUUGAAGGAACUGGUUUCUAGUAAAUGGAUUGGAAAGGACAUGGGGGCUAAGUGCCUUAACUAUCAUGAGCAAGCGUCUCAGAGUAAAGUCCCACUUGUUACUCUUGUGGAUCUUGGUGGAAGUCAUUGCUUGUUUUUGUCUGUGUUUGAGCCCGAAGUGUCACAGUAUAGCAAGUUGGGGCGGUUAUUCGUGACAUACUCUGUAAAGAGAGGGCUGUGGCAUUGUGAGUGUUCUCAAGGGAGAAUUUCCUGCUUGCACAAAUGCAUAGCCAAAUGGUAUCUCUUCCAAACCAAAAAAGAGUUAUUAAUCUCAGAUGCCAAUCAAGAUGCACCACUAAGCCUUUCUGAAUUCAUGGAAGAGACCUCCUCAGAAAAUUCAACUGGAACUUUGUAUCCACUAAAAGAAGACGGAUUAAAACAGAUGGCAAAGUACAUUUAUAACCAAAAGAAACUGCCCUCCGAGUUUCCAGAAGACAUCACCCAGUGUGAGUCUGAUAUAGACUUCCCAAAGCAUUUGGUUCCGGCUCAAACUGUCUGCCAAGAGUGCCCAGGCGGUGUUUAUUUAACAGAGCCAGUGCUGAUAACCAACAAAGCGAGAGUCAUUACUUCAACAGGAGUGAUGGAAGAUAACUCAACGUUUUUCAAACAGUGUCCAGAUUGUGAAAUGGUCUACCGUUACCAGGAGUGGAGUGAGGGACUUCACAAUUACAAUGACCACAUAAUCCUGAGUCUGCAACUGUGCAUGCUUCUACAAAAGUCAAUCGAGAAUCACACUGCUGUUGAUGGAGUGGUGGAGGUGCUAGAGCGGACAGUAGGUGUCAAGUCUCCAUGUGCCAUAGAAGUGCUUCAGGCAUACCUCCACUUUGAAGCUCUUACAAGUCACAACUGUCCAUCUGUAGUCAUGAUGGAUCUUUAUCAGAAGGGGGUUUUCAACAUGGCAGGGUUCGAGAUUACAGGUCUGUCUGAAUCGAGCAUUGGAGAAGUAAAUGCAGAGGAACUUUGGGAUUCAGUGUGCAUGGGGAUAAUAAGAAGCAGCCUGGUUGCUCGGAGUUCAAGUGAUGUUUCCACCUCAGAUGAUAAUCUCAAGGAAGCCGCAACGUCUGCAGUCACAACCCUCCUUACUCCAGCUGCAAGAAAGAGGCUGAGCAAACAAAGAACAGAGGAGUGUCACAAAGCUGUAACUAGAUAUCUUGUGAAAGAACUUCAUCCCUUGUCCACAGUGGAUUCACCGUGGUUUAGAGAGAUGACAAAAAUGCUAAACCGAAAGUACCAGCUGCCUUCCAGAGAUCAGCUCAUGAACACACUGAUGCCAUCAUGGUACUCUGUAGAGAAGAACCAUGUAAUCAAAGAGCUGCUUCAGGUGUCUGAGGCUGCAGUGACGUGUGACUGGUGGACAAGUUUUGCCCAAGACCGCUACCUGACAGUUACUUUGCACUUUAUAAUAAAGGGCCAGAUGAGGCACAAAGUGCUUCGUACAAAGCCAGUUUACGACGCACAGGCAGACACAGCAGUGGCAGAACAGAUAGGUGGCAUACUGGAGGAAUUUGGUGUCAGGGACAAAGUUGUUGCAGUGACAGUGGAUAAUGGAUCCAGCAUGGAUGUUGCCAUCAAGAAGUCACAGUUUAGGAAGCUGGGAUGUUUUGCCCAAAUACUUAGUCUUGCUGCACAGAAGGUGUACUUCAGCAUCACUGUGACCAGAUGGGCAUCAAGAAUAAGAGCUGUUGUUGUGUGGAUCAAAAGGUCUUCCACAGCUCAAACUGUUCUUCGGGAGAAACAACAGCUCUUGAAUUUACCGCAACACUCUUUAGUGCUCGAUGUCCGAACACGUUGGGGCUCAUUCUACCUCAUGAUUGAGAGGUUUGCAGAGCAGUAUGUUGCCAUACAGACCACCACCACAGAUCCACAGAUCAAACAGUCUGUUGAGAGGCUGGAAACACUCACAGACGACGAUCAUCAAAAAGCAGAGGAGUUCAUUCGGAUCAUGAAGCCUUUGUAUACGUCUUCGCUCUGCGUCUCAGCUGACAAGAGUCCAACUUGUAGUCAGAUAUUUCCUAUCCUGAAAAAACUGACGGCCAACUUUGAAACCCAGGAUGAGGACUCUCUGUUCACAGCCUCACUCAAAGAAAAAGCCCGGGAUGACCUGUUUGCAUGUUACAAGGAUGAUGAUACUUGGAAGUUCCUACAGGAGUCGAGCGCCAUGGAUCCAAGGUUCAAGAACAGAAUCAACUCAGAUGAGAUUUGGCACAGAGUGCAAAAUGCUGCAGUUAGGGUUACAACCUCAGCAAAGGUGUCAAAUCAGGAGGAACACAAACUUUGGCAUGAGGACAGAGAUGCUGAGGAUGUAUCUGAGCAAAACAAGUAUUCAGAUGAGUCUCCGUAUCCCAAAAGGCAGAGGCUGACUGGCCUGGAGGAGCUUUUUGAAGAUGAGGACAGAGCUCUGAAGAGCAUCACAGCAGCAGAAAAGACACCAAUAGCUGAACGAGUCCAGCAAGAAAUACAGCUGUACAGAAGCCUGCCUGCUGUGUCCACAUCAGAGGAUGCUUUGGCCUGGUGGUGGAGGAGACGAGACUCACUGCCUCUCCUGUCUCAACUCUCCAACUCAUACCUUUGUAUCCAAGCAUCGUCUACUCCUCGUGAGAGAGUGUUUUCCACAGCAGGGGACACAAUCAGCCGAGAGAGGUCACACAUUCUACCCGAACAGGCGGAUAUGCAGAUUUUUCUCCAGAAAAAUUGUUAAAAUCAAAAAUUUAGCAAAGCUCAAAUCAUUUUAUUUAUGAGUUAUGGGUUCAAGUACAGGACAUCAUUCACUGUGCUGCUGUGUUAAUAGUGAUAUAUUAUUAUGAGAUACCUAAUGUCAACCAGGAGUAGAAACAUUUUCUUAUGUAAAUAGAGUAUUUUUUAGAUGUGGUCAUACAAGCAAAAAUAAAUAUUUUUCACAAGGAUCAUGUACAAAAUGUGGGUAACUAUAAAAAUGGCUUCUUUUCUUAUACUUUUAGUGAGUUGUCAUUUGAGUUUGCUCUCUUUGAACCUCAAUAUGACCUUAUUAUGCUCUUAAUGCAGUAAUCAUUCAGUGGUUCUUACCACAAUACAUUUUUAUUUCUGUUUUGUAAUCAUCUGGUUGAGUAGGAAAUUCUAGCACUGACUUCCAACCCUGGUUUAGCACCAGUCUUCACAAGUACAAAGUGAUAUUGGUACUACAAUCAGUUCAUGCCUAAUGGUACCCAACCAAUGAGAGUUUCCCAAACUAGGCUUCAUACUGUAUGCUGGACUUGAGAUCUUAACACAAACAUCUUAACAGGUAGUAUGUCUUUACAAAUGAAUGACACAGGACAGGCACAAUAGCAUGUCCCCAAUUUGUUUCAGCCAAAGUAUGUUAGGGGCAGCAGUAGCUCAGUCCAUAGGGACCUGGGUUGGAAAACCGGAGGGUCGCCAGCUCAAGUCCCCGUCCGGACCAAAUGCAGAGUGUGGACUGGUGGCUGGAGAGGUGCCAGUUCAUCUCCUGGGCACUGCCAGUGCCCUUGAGCAAGGCACUGAACCCCCCCCAACUGCUCGGGGUACCUGACUCUGACAUCUCUCCACUUUGUGCAUGUAUAGGUCCUGUUUGUGCAUGUCUGUGUAUUUCGGACCAUUGUGUUAAUGACAACGGAGUGAAAAAAUUGAAUUUAAUGAAGUAUAUAAAAAUUAAAUUAAAAAUUACACAGACUGAAUAUUCCA